AUGUCAACUUCAAGUUCAUCAAAAAGAAGACAUACUCAUCAAGAACCACCACCAUUUCAAGACGAACGAUCACCCUCUGCCAGAUUAGAAAAAGCCAUUCAAACUUCAAGUGUGAACUUGGUUAGAAGACUUUUAAAUACAGCUAUUAAUUCAGAUGGAAGUCCAUUAGAUCCAAGUCAACCGGAUCCAGUGACCAGAAAAACUAGUUUGAUUGUUGGAGCUGAAGUAGGUGAUGUUGAAAUGUGUAGAAUGUUAAUUGAAGAAUAUCAUGUUGAAUCAGAUGCAGUAAGUAGGGAUCCUGAGAAUAAUACGGUGAUUCAUUUGGCUGCAUCAAGAGGUUCUACUGAUAUUAUUACUCUUUAUCAUUCUCAUUACCCAUUUGUUUUGGAUUGGGCCAACUCAGAGGGUAUGACAGCUUUACAUGUGGCUUCUCAAAAAGGACACGAAACGACAGUUUCACUCUUAUUAGACCUACAUGCGGAUGUGGAACUAACAGAUAAUGAAGGGAAUACAUGUUUACAUUAUGCUGCAGGUUGGGGUCAUCUUAAAAUCGUUUUAUUACUCAUUGAUCGAGGUUGUCCAUUUUGGGCUAAGAACAAUACUGCUAGUAGUAGUAAGAAAUCAUAUUCGAAACCGCUUAGUAGUCCCACCAGUUCAUUCACAGCCAAAACCGUCUCACAUUUGAUUUGUAAAGAUUUAGAAGCGAUUCAAGAUUUCAGAACACGUAGUGGAUCGACUGGAACGUCAUUAACAAGUAGUAGUACAGGAAUGGGAGCCCCUUCACCUAAUCUGACCACUCAAUUUAGAUCUGAAUCACCUACGAUGACGGGCAUGACGAAUCUGAGUAAUAGGUUAUUGCCAUUACAACUUUCAGGAGUGAAUGAACGAAGUGGAAGUGGACCAAGUCCUAGUCUUAGAUCUAGAAGAAGUUCGGGAAAUCUGAUUGGGAAUCUGAGUAAUCCGAAUCCACCGAAUGGAUAUACAGAUCAUCGUAAUCGAGCAGGUAGUACUGAUUCAGAUAAAAGUAUAGGCGGUGGUGGCGGUGGGCUUUCUAGAUUAAGUCCGAUCGUAGUAGAAGGUAGUGUGCAGAUGAAUCAUGAAGUUGACUAUGAUGAUUGUAUUGAAUGAGAAGAUGAUGAUGGAGAUGAAUGUAGAUAGGUUUCUUUAUUAAACACUUGAUGGUUCAUGAAUGUGUAUUAUGUGUAUUUUGUGUUUUGAUGAUGGAAUGUGUUAAAGAUUGAGAAUGG